AUGACUUCCGCGGUGAAUAGCACCGCUAUGAACGAUGAUGGUAUAACAUCUAGUCCAUCAAAACGACGUCGUUCAUCGAUCGUAUCAUCGACAGUUGAAACUUUAACUGAACAAUCGCCGUCGAAACGCGUUCGUUCAUCAUCUCCCACACCAAAUCUUCAAACGAUAUUUUCGUGUGUGAAUGACAUUGUUCAAACACAUCGAAAUCUUGUCCGAGAAUAUAUUGACUUGCACAUGCGUGAUCGAACUGAUCUCUCAGCCGAUGAACAACGUUUUAUCAAAGGUGAAGAAGAUCUGAUUGAAAAAGUCGAGAAAAACCUUCAAGAAAUCAAUACAUCAUUCAUUUUGAAAGAUCUUCCAAACAAAAUCCCCAUUAAUCGUGUUAAACAUGAAAGUGAAGUCUUGAAACGCGUCAAUGAACUCAAAUCCAAAGGCCAUUGGUCGAAUCAACGUCUCGUGAAAUUUAUCGAGCCGAAGAAACGCAAGACACAUUGGGAUUAUCUACUGGACGAAAUGCGCUGGUUAGCAGAAGAUUUCGCUCAUGAAAAACGUUGGAAACAAAUGAUGGCUAAAAAACUCUCCCUAGCGGUCUUGAAAUACUUCCGAGAGAAGAAUCAAGCGGAAAGUCAGCAACAACGUGAUGAACUUAAACGUCUACGAAGACAAGCGUUGUUCGUUUGCAAAGAGGUAAUGAACUUUUGGAAGAAUAUGCACAAAAUCGCGGAAUAUAAAGAAACUACGCGUAUACAAGAAUUGAAGAAACAUCAGCUGGACUUACAUUUGAAUUUUAUCGUCGAUCAAACUGAACAAUAUUCCGAUUGGCUGGUGAAAUCUUUGAAAAGUGAAUCCAAUGAAGACGAUGAUGAUAAAGACUUCAAUGUGACGGAAGAUAUGAAUGAUGACGACAAUGAAGAAACUAUUGAACGAGAAGAAGAAGAGGAACAGGAUGAAUAUGCUGCUAAUGAAUUAAAAGAAUUAGAAGCUGAUCGAGAGGAAUCCAUAGAUGCUCUGCUAAAACGGUACUAUGGAAUUGAUUUGUCGAAUUCAUCAAGCGAAAAAGAAAACAACGUUCCGAACGAAACCAAAACCGACGAAUCAAUCGAAAAAGACGAAGAAGAAGAAGAGGAGGAGGAAGAAGAGGAAGAGGAGAAGAAGGCGGACAAACAAGAACCAAGCAAAGAUCCGACAGAAAACAAGGAAAUGAACGAUUUAGCAAGUACAGCUCAAGCAUUACAGCCAACUGGAUUCACAUUGAAUACAACGGAAGUCAAAACACCGGUGCCGUUCCUAUUAAAGCAUUCAUUGAGAGAAUAUCAACACGUCGGUCUCGACUGGCUAGUCACAUUAUAUGACAACAAGUUAAAUUGUAUCUUAGCCGAUGAAAUGGGUUUAGGUAAAACAAUUCAAACCAUUGCUUUGCUCGCUCAUCUAGCAUGCGAGAAAGGCGUCUGGGGUCCACAUUUGAUCGUUGUUCCGACGAGUGUGAUGCUCAAUUGGGAAUUAGAAUUCAAGAAAUGGUGUCCGUCGUUCAAAAUUCUUACCUAUUACGGUUCAGUUAAAGAACGGCAAAUGAAACGGCAGGGUUGGACAAAAGUCAAUGCCUUUCAUGUGUGUAUAACGUCUUAUAAACUCGUUCUACAAGAUGCAAAAGCAUUCCGUCGUAAGAAAUGGAAAUAUUUAAUCCUAGACGAAGCUCAAAAUAUAAAAAAUUUCAAGUCACAGCGUUGGCAAACUCUACUCAACUUUCAUUCACAUCGUCGUUUGUUAUUAACCGGUACUCCUCUACAAAACUCUCUGAUGGAAUUAUGGUCCUUGAUGCAUUUCCUUAUGCCAAAUCUAUUCGCUUCGCAUCAUGAAUUUCGUGAAUGGUUUUCAAAUCCGUUAACUGAAAUGAUCGAACAAGGUCAAACCAAUGCGAAUGAUCUACUUAUCAAACGUUUGCACAAAGUUUUACGACCUUUCAUUCUACGUCGUUUAAAAGUCGAUGUCGAAAAGCAAAUGCCGAAGAAGCAUGAACAUGUUAUCAUGUGUCAUCUCUCGAAACGACAACGGCAGCUCUACGAUGAUUUUAUUCAAUGUAAAUCGACGCGUGAUGUCAUCCAACAAGGACAUUAUAUGUCUGUGAUCAAUAUCUUAAUGCAAUUGAGAAAAGUUUGUAAUCAUCCAGAUCUAUUCGAGUCCCGGCCUAUUAUUUCACCACUUACUAUACAACGAAAGCUGAUUACUUGUGAAAUACCGAAAUUGAUCGAAAAGAUUCAACUGAAAAAUCCUUGUUUAGACUUUGAUUUACCACCUAACGAUACAUUCCUUUGCUUUCGAAUUAAAUUUACCCUACAAGCCACUCGAGAUAUGAUUUUUGACUGUAUUAAUUCUAUUGAUGACACUCAACGACAGAUUAUUCAAUUAACAGCAGAUAUUAUUGAAAGAUACAGAAAUAGCUCAAUAUGGCAUCAAGCCAAUACAUCACUAAGAAAUACUCGCAAUCGGCAAUCAACGAAAUUAAGCACAUCUCUUGACUUCACUGAUGAUGAAUAUCAGCCUGAUAAUAUCUAUUACGAAAUUUGUAAACAACGUCAACGGGAACGCUUAUCUCGUUAUGAUUUAUUCUGUCGUUUGAACUCCGACCGAUGUCAGUCACGUCCAUUGUAUGGCUCGGAUGUGUUAACUCAAGUACAACUAGCCAUGUCGCCUUGCAAUCGUCUAAGACGAACGACUUUCAGCGGUUAUGCAGCUUGCCAUGAUAUUUUCAAAGAGCUAACUACUGUAAAAGAUUAUUUUUCUACGACGCACACACUUCGGCAAUUGAUUCGAUCGCAUAAACAUGCGAUUUGUGAUUAUCAGGAUAUUCUCGAUCGAUUUGUGAUGUGUACAAGUAAAGUCAUUGCUCCACCUGUUGAACUGUGCCAAUGGAAUGGCAUCAGUUUGAGAGAUAGAACAACUCAGCAAAAGCCGUUGAUUGAAGUCAUAUCUUCAACGGACUUUGAAGUACUUUCAUCAAUCAAUCAGAUCAAGCAAAAUAUGUACUUACAAUUCCCUGAACGACGUUUGAUUCAGUACGAUUGCGGAAAACUACAAACUCUUGAUAUCCUUCUGUCUCGGUUGAAACGAGAGAAACACCGCUGUUUGAUCUUCACACAAAUGACCAAAAUGCUCGAUAUACUCGAACUAUUCUUAAAUUAUCAUGGUUAUACGUAUGUAAGAUUAGACGGAACGACGCAGAUUGUUCAACGGCAAAUGUUGAUGGAGCGGUUCAAUAGUGAUGAGAAAAUUUUUGUUUUCAUUCUGUCGACUCGUGCUGGCGGUAUUGGAGUAAACUUGACUGGCGCUGAUACGGUGAUUUUCUAUGAUUCCGAUUGGAAUCCGACUAUGGAUGCUCAAGCACAAGACCGUUGCCAUCGAAUAGGGCAAACUAAAGAUGUACAUAUUUAUCGAUUGAUCAGUCGCAAUACAGUCGAAGAGAAUAUUUUGAAGAAAGCCAAUCAAAAACGUCUACUCGGUGAUUUGACCAUUGAUGGUGGUAGUUUCGAUGUAACUUAUUUCAGGAAGAAUAACAUUCGAGAUUUAUUUGAUCAAUCAGCAACGUUGGAAGAUAUUGUUCGGGAACGAAAUAGUUAUCAACAACAUAUGGAUAAUGUCAGAGCAACAGCAUCAACAACGACAACGACGGCGGCGACAGAUAGUGCGAGUGCAGAUGUGAAUAAUCUAACCUUGACGCAAUAUGAAGAAGCGCUUGCAGCAGUCGAAGAUGAAACUGAUCGACGUGCAGCCGAUGAACUAAAUAAAGAAGUUCGGGCAGAAUUGAACGAAUUCAACGAAGAUGAAACCAAUGAUUUGAAUGAAGAUCAAUUGAUCGAGAAACAAAAGCGGCAGAUGAACAGAGUCGAAGAAGAAUUGAAGACUCUUGAUGAACAGCUUCGACCUAUCGAACGUUAUGCUCUACGUUGCGUAGAAGUUUAUCGUCAAGAACAUCAGUUGACUCAAAUAGCACCUAAUACUUAUCUCGAUGCUGAACAACUUCGAAAAGAUUGGCAGUUAUCUCGUUUAAAAUCACUGAAAGAAGAAGAAGAAAAGCAAAUGGAACAAGAAGAUGAUGAAAUGAUGUACACAUACGCCUUAGAUAACGAACGACAGGUCAAUUAUAGUUAUACGUAUUCGGCAGCUCAAAAUAGUUUGGUUGCUAAUGAAUUAGCACGACAUGAGAAGAGCUCCGCUGCGAUUGCUGCUAGUCAAGCGUUACUACCACCGCCACCAGCAGUUAUUCUGCCGCCAACUUCACCUCAACCUCCGUCGCCAUCAUCAUCAUCAACUUCAAUUUCGCGUCCUGUUCUUAUCAAACGUGCAACUCAUACUCCUAAUGAAAAUCUUCGAAAACGACGUAUGCAACCAGUACGAACAUUACAGCAAGCACCCCCGCUCCCUCGACCACGCCAAUCACUACCAACACCAUCAGUGCAACCAUCAGCUCCACCCGCCUUGAUACAAAAACCAAAUCAUGUUACUUUAAAACAACAGCAGCAGCAGCAACAACCGUCGUCCCGUCUAACAAAAAAUCGACAUAAUAGUAACGAUGAUUGUGUAGACUCGACUACUCUGCUUCUCGCUGAUGAUUUCGAUGAUGACGAUAAUGAUGAUGACUUCGAUAAUGAUCAAAGGAUCUACUCAUCUAAAUCGACCACGACUCUAUCAACAAUCACUCGAAAGCCAAUUUCAAAUAUUACACGUGUCACACAAAAUCCUUCAUCAUCGACGAGCAAUGCCAGCGGACAACAACAAAUCUGGAUUGUCAAUUCUCUCGAUCAGCAAUCCGUUCUAUCGCUAAUCAAUUAUAUUAAUCCAAAUUCGACUAAUAAUUCGCGCUCAACAGGAUCAAUUCUCCUUAGUAAUAAAUCGAAUAUGAAUACUUCACCUGUAACGAAUCUUCUCACUCAACAACAACCUCGAUCAUCAACAGCUGGUACUGUUUAUCAAAUUCGUCCAUCACAACAACAAUCACCUACUACUACAUCCACAUCCCAACAGCAGCAGCAGCAACAACAGCCACAAAAUGUUGUAUAUCAAAUCCAAAAUGGUCGAAUAUUUCAAUCAACUAAAAAGACAACCUAA